AUCGGUUUUGGCAGUUGGGUUCGCGUUUUACCAACACUCACACACACACUCACUGAGCACGAACGGAUUGUAUAGAAAAGUCCGGUUUUGUACUCGCGCGAGUGAGUAAGACGAGACCGCGUCUUAGUAAUAGCUCAUUGACUCUGAACACUUCUCUAAUCAAUUGUUUAAUUGGCUUUAAAUAAUUUAAUUUUUGACUUUAUUCGGUUCGUCAAUUAUUCUGUGAUUGUUAUUGUUGAUGUUUAUGCCGUCGGAAAUGAAGUGACUAAUUAAAAUUUUCUAUUUUGGACAUAAUUAAUCUGUGAUCUCGUGUGUGUGGUAUUGAAGGACAACGAUAUCCUUCAAGAGGCCAUCAUCAUUCUCCCCGCACAGCAACUUGGAGCGGCCGUGGCGCCAUGGCCUUCAGCGAUCACCUCCGUCGACGAUAUGGCACACAAAGGCCAUAGCGGUGUGAACCAGCUAGGGGGUGUGUUCGUCGGCGGACGUCCCCUGCCCGAUUCGACCAGGCAGAAAAUCGUCGAACUCGCCCAUUCGGGAGCGCGGCCCUGCGACAUCUCCAGAAUUCUCCAGGUCUCCAACGGAUGCGUGUCCAAGAUCCUUGGCAGAUACUACGAGACAGGAUCCAUUCGGCCGAGGGCUAUUGGAGGAUCCAAGCCGAGGGUGGCUACAGCUGAAGUGGUUUCGAAGAUUUCGAACUACAAGCGAGAAUGUCCUUCGAUUUUUGCUUGGGAGAUUAGGGACCGGUUGCUGCAGGAAGGAGUUUGCACCAACGAUAAUAUACCUAGUGUUUCGUCAAUCAAUAGGGUUCUUCGUAACAUAGCGGCUCAAAAAGAACAGUCUUCGCAAAAUCCUCCGACGUCGAACAGUAGUGACAGCGUCUAUGACAAAUUGAGGUUGCUUAAUGGAAAUCAGACGAGUUGGAGACCUUCUCCUUGGUACUCUACUGGUAACACUUUUCCAUUGCAACCGCUCAGUCCACCGCCGACGAUUUUGUCAGACGAAGGAAGCACGAAAAAAGUUAUAGACCUGGACGGACUGAAUUCGGACGAAACCAAUUCCGGAGACAACUCGAACGCAGGCUCCAGCAUAGGCCCUGACGACGAUCAAGCCAGAUUACGACUGAAACGUAAACUGCAAAGAAAUCGAACGUCGUUCACCAACGAUCAAAUUGAUAGCCUAGAAAAAGAGUUUGAACGCACCCACUAUCCAGACGUCUUCGCUAGAGAACGACUAGCGGCGAAAAUCGGCCUUCCUGAAGCCAGAAUCCAGGUGUGGUUCUCAAACCGAAGAGCCAAAUGGCGUCGUGAAGAAAAACUCAGGAACCAGCGACGAACUCCUGGAGAUGGUACCGCUCCCAACGCCUCCCCUCCAAGAAUACAAAGUUUCGGUAACACCAGUCCUGCCAUGUACGCACCUCCAAUGUCCAUUGCUGACACUUAUGGUACAAUGUCAAUGUCCAACUUUAGUCAUCACAGUAUGGGACCUGCACCGGGAGCCUGUUUACAACAAAGAGAAAGUCCCAGUAUGGGCGGAUACUGCAUGGGCAGACCGUCAGGGUACGACUUGGGUAUCGGGUACGGUUCCAGACCUUCGCCUUGUAGUCCCGGACAGCCUUACCAAAUGAACGGUCACCAGUACAAUACCAAUGGAACUUCAACAGGUUUGAUAUCGCCAGGGGUAUCGGUACCCAUAGCAGUACCAGGCCAGAGCGAUAUGACUUCGCACCAGUACUGGCCUCGUAUACAGUGACCUUGGUGGAAUUAAAGAUUUGCGUAGCUUGUAAUUUAUUUUUAAUUGUGUGAAUAGUAUUGGAUUGCACAAAGUGCUUGUAUUUUAUGAAUGGUGGAUCUUCUUUGUAUGGGACUGUGCAAAAGAAUGUAAUUUUUUUUUAUUUACUUAAGAAACAAGUGAUUAAGAUUAGUGAAUUUGCUUGUUUGAGAAGUUGACCUCAAAGCGGAAGUUAGUAUUUAAUGUUGUGCGCGCACACUAAAUUCCAAAGAUUGAUUUUAUUUAUUUUUUUUGUAUAAAAUUUAAACCAAAAAAAGGAUACAAAUUCGUUUAGUUUCAGCAAAUCGUAUUAUUCCUUCAAAUCAAGUUUCAGAUUUCUCUACUAUGUUAUUUAUUAUAGGCUUUGUAAUUUUUGCUUCUAUAAACAUAUCCAAGAUAUUUUCGAGUAAAACAUACCGAUGUAAUAUAAUUUGUAAUUUUACAAAAAUCAUUUUGUGUGUAAAUAAA